AUGGCCCAAACCUGCAAGAGUAUUUUGGUAUUUAUUGAAGGAGCUUGUGAUGGUAACCUUUUGGAAGAAUCAAAACAUGAAGAAAUGGAUCGUAUAGCAUCCAUUGGUGGAACCACUCUUGUUCACGGUAGAAAAUUAUUUCCAUCCUCCAUACCAAAUUCAACCAUGAUUAAUAAUGAUUGUGGCUAUUUGAUGCAAUUAUUUGAUUAUUUGGAUCCGAUUCAUCCUGUUGAUGAAGAAGAGGCAAAUUUGUGGAAGGAAAACCCAGAACUUGAAUUAGAAAAACAAAGUUUAUUCUGUAAAUUUAAAAAGCUUAAAGUAGAGAUGUGGACAACUAAUAAUAAUGUGUUGAAUAUUUUCAAAAGCAAGAAGGAUAAUGCCAAGUUUUUGAAUUUUAUUGUAAAUAACAAGGAGGAAGAGGAUGCAAUUUGUGAAAAUGCUGUUCAAGCAAUGCUUUCCAAUGAUAUUUUAAUACUCCACGAUAAUAUUACCAAAUUACAAACAAUUGAGGAAAAGAGAAAUCAUAUUCAACAAAUUGAUCACUUAUUGAAACAAGUUAAUAAUUUAUUUACACAAAAGCAGAACCAAUUCAAGAUUUACAAUGUCAUUCUUGUGAGUACACCUUUCAAUUCUGUCCUUCCAUCAUUCAAUAAGAAAUCAUCACCUUUCCGUCCACUCCAAAGCUAUGAACAAAAGAAUGGAACAAUACUCACAGAUAUUGUUCACCAUGAACCAUCUUUAAUCUGUGUACAACAUUGUGAAGGAGAAACUAGAAGUGACACAAAUACUCAAUUAACUGAAAAAUCAAGUAUUGAACUGAAUGGAAAUUGUGCAAUUUUAAUUGAUUUUGUAAUUUCUGAAAUGGCUUACAAACUCAGAAAGAGUCCAAAAUAUGGAGCUUAA